UGCCCCACUAGAUUGACAAAUCAUUUAUGUGAAUUCCACUGUCUUCAGAAUGUUUGAUAAAGCUAUAGCCUUUAAUGGAACCGUAUUAUGCAUAUUUAUAUGUAAUGGUUCUCAACUUUUUCUUAGUUACUCAUAAUGCACCGCAUAAAGCAGUCUGUGAUCAUAGAGGUUGUAUCUAUUGACGUAGUCUGUUGUAUUUGUAGAAUUGUUUGAUCGAUAUACACUUGAAUGAGAAAAUUUAUAAUGCUCUCAACAAUUACAAGAAUUGGCUGGAGCAGAAUAACCUCCUGCAGUUCAAAGAUAAAUAGUUUGCAUAGGAUUUUGUUGCGAAACAUACCGGCAGUUUGUGAUUACUGUAAUAGAGGUUAUGGUGAAUCUUUUUCGUUGCAAUAUUUCAAUAAACGAAGUGAAAAUACAUUAAAUAAACAAAAUUGUAUUGCUGCUUUUUCAUCGGAUAGUCAGUCCGUUUAUUCACCUCAAAUAGAUCUGAGCACUGGACAAUUUGAACAAAUUUCUAAUGAGACUUUGGAAUCAUUGACAGAAUAUUUUGAUGAACUUAUUGAACAAGCAGGUCAUUUGAAAGAUGCAGACGUAUCAUAUGGAGAUGGUGUAAUAACAGUUAAGUUUGGUGAAGGUUACGGUACCUAUGUCAUUAACAGACAGACUCCCAACAAACAGAUCUGGCUUUCAUCCCCAAAAUCUGGUCCAAAGCGUUACGAUUUCAUUGAUGGAAAGUGGAUUUACAAACACGACGGUCAAACAUUACAUGAACUUCUGAACAGAGAAAUUCCAGCUAUCAUACGAAAUCAAGCAAUAUUUGAUAAGUGUUCCUACAGUGGAAGAGAACAACAUGUGAGCCUGGAUCGAUCCUGAAUUUAUAAAAAUAUUCCUUUAGAGAACAAUUAAAUAGAUUCAUCAUGGAGAUUAUGGAAGAUGGCAACUUAGUAGAUCGCGUUAGAAUAUUAUUGCAGCGAGAUAUGGAAUAUUAUCAGGAAAAGCAAACUGUACUUCGAGAACCAUUGUGCAUACGUGUGAGUGGGGGAAAGCUCGAUUUUCCGCGGCAUGCAUCAUUUGCCGCAAUUAAAAUUGUAACAUGGUGGGAAGCCGAAUUUAUAUCAGCAUUCAAACGUGUCUCGGGAUUAAGUUCCACCUGUGAUAAGGAAGCAUCUAAAGAUGUUUCGGAAGGAGUUAUUAAAAAUAUUCAACCUAAGGAAUUUAUUUCAUUAAUUCUUGACACAUCCGACCAAUUAUUAGAACAUCUGCAUACAUUAAUCCAAGAAGCUUUAGAUCAUGCAGACCUAGCAGUAUUAACUGCAACUUUAGGGGCUGCAGCAUUAGUUCGAAAUUGCUUAUGGUGUUAUAAUCAGCAAGUAAAGGAUGAAGUUUCCCUAGAGUCAAGCGAAAAAAUAUAUAAAUGUUACAAAUCGUAUCACGAGAUGGCAGAGGCACUUGCAGAAAGAUUACUCGAUUUACAUUGUCGUCUAAUUUCCUUAUACAUUUUGAACGAGGCCGAUUCGUUGAGCUGGCACGCUGCUAAGUCAUUUUUUGAAAAAGAACGCUGUUCCUUCGUAAUACAAAUGUGGUGGCUUUAUAUGCAAGGUACCAAAGCUGACCUGUGGAAUACCGUACCGCCGAAAAUGGCCCAACGUGUUUUUUCUGGCAUGUUAAAUGAGUCAUUGUCAAUAAUCACUGCUCGAUUUAUUCACGGCCGACCAAGCUUAGCGAGAUCGGAACAAUUCUGGGCUGAUGCUUUCAAUGUUUUAUGCUGCACAGCAUAUUUAACUCUAAAUGCAUGUAUGGAUGGAAAUGAAAUGGCUGGAUUAUAUCCAACAAAGUUGUCUACAGUAGCACGUGAUAUACAUGCCAAAUGUGAUGAAUUACUAGUCUGUUUAUUGCUUCGUGGAACUCCGCUCAUAUUGCUCUACCAGACGUUCCGCGAUGGCUUACAAAAUUCAAUAAUUUUACAAAAAAGACUCGGUCCAGCUCCAUGGCUUGUGAUCUGCGCUCCUCAUUUACUGAAUUACUCAUCCGACUCGAAAAGUGAUGUACAGUCUUUACCGGAAACUCAGGCAGUCGCCCUUGAAUUGAAUGUUUUGAAAUCACAGCCACAACCCAAUUGGCCACAAUUAGUGAAAGUACUUUCUAUGAGGGACAAUUCAGUAGCUAUAAUGUUACUUGAAUUAUUUGUACGUCAAUGCAUAGGAUACACAGUCAAAUUUGAACCAAAUCGAUCAGGACAUAAAAUGGACUCCAAUGAGGGUUGUGGAGGCUUCUUAUGUAUUGGUUCUGCGUGUAAUCAUUCCCUUGUUAUGUCACCAUCGUUAGGGUUGUACAGUUUAAUAUAUAUAUUAGCUAAUACAACUACAGAUCCAUUGCAUAUUAUUAUACCAGCUCUGAGGCAGGAUCCAAUGUGGAAUACUUAUCUUGAUAGACAACAAGUAUGGAAUCAGGCACGGCCGCCUUGGCUCAAUGCUUUAUUAACACCAUUGCACUCUAUAAUGCUUCCAAUAGUAGAAACUUUAUUAGAUGCAGUCAAGACAGGUGCUAGUAUUUACCAGACGAUGUCUCUCACUCUGACAUGUCUUACUGAAUUAUUUGUAUGUAUCCCAGUGGGGAUUUUACGUACAGCUUUUGCCAUCGAUGAAAAUAUUCCUGCUCACUGUCAUCCCUUAGGGGGUUCAGUACUCCUUCAGAUAUUGUGCUCAUCCUUGUAUUCAGUAUUAUUGAAAGUGUCCGAAUCAAGUAAAAAAGAUGCAGAGGAUAGUCCGAAAACUGCAGUUGAAUUUAAUGGUGAAAUUGGUGCAUUUAAUCCGCAUGAUAAAUCCGCAUCGGCCAUAGCUUUAGCCGAAGCACUGUGCAGCAUUGAUGAGGAUAACAAGCACACCUCGCAAAUCGAAAUAUUACAUAAUACAAUCAAAGAGAGUAUCGAGUUAAGAGAUUCCAGUCUGUGCGAUACCAGACUUAGAAAUAUGUCCUGUGUCGUUGAGACAUUUGCUGAUGAAUUAUUAUUUACUGAAACCGGAAGACGUUCGUUAAAGGUGCUGUAUGACUAUAUCGUUCAGGCCUCUGAUUGGAUAUUAGCAUCCUUAAAACUUACGGAUAACAAUAUACGCACGAAUUUCAUUGCUUCUGCAAAUUUUUCAAAAUCUACAAAAACACUUCCACAAAUUAUGUUUCAUAUAGAAGAUGCAGCUUUUGAUCAGCUCCUAACUGGAUCCACGAAUUGGGAAAUGAUCUUAUCACAACCAUUAUCCACAACGAUUGAUCGCGUUCGUAAUCAGAUCUUGAUACGACCAGAAUUCAAGGAUAUUGGUCAGCUUAGACAAGAUGAGAGGGAGGCUGCAAUCUUAAUAAAGAAAUUAUGCUCAACUGUGAAGUCUGCAAGAAUCAAGUAGAACAAUAUGAAAACGAAAAUGAUCACAUUCAUGAAUUUCUUUAUUUAAUCAACACAUUGCCUACACAGUAAUCCAGUAUAUUUGUACAAUAUACAAACAAAUGAGAAAACUCCCGAUAUUAGCACCCACAUUACAAUAUCAAAUUGUUUUACGUGAAAAAACUAGUUGCCCAGUACUUGUUUUAUUUUCUCAUAAUUAUCGACAGUCUCACCAAAUAUUUAUUUAAGUGAACAAAUAUCGUAGCUGCCAUCGCGUUCAGUAAUAAUCAUAUUUCCAUAUAAAAUUAUCAAUGACUCUUUAACUCUUCUUUAAAUUCAAUUUGCAAUACCAAAAUCAACAAAUAAUCAGUGUCAAAAAUUUUCAAUUUACGAAUUUCUAUCAACAAUAAAAAGUCAUUAAUUACCUUCCACAUGUGCAUAUUUCUGCAGCAGAUGAAAUAUAGAACGUAUUUAUGCUCAUCUGAACAAAUCGCAUUUGUUUCAAAUACAAUUAUUAACCGCGAAACUUGUUGAAUUAAACUGCUACUAACAGCUUGUACAGUAGCUAUGUUAUAUAAUUGUAAAAUAUAUGUGUGUAUUAGCCCAAUCGGGAAUACGGGAAGGGUAUCUAUAUAUAUCUCACGAAAUCCUCAAGAAAUCUGCACUUCCACAAUGAAUUUCUGUUUGAACAUAUGAAUAUUAUCUUUAGGUAUUAUCCACAUAGUGUAUUAUUAACGAGUGUCCUUCAGGGAGAGUGAUACAAAAUGUUUGUAAUGCUGGGAUGGCAAUAUUUGGCACAUUUAUUAAUAACACAAUAAAAGACGGUGAGCUGAACAGAAAUUUGUCAUAAAAAAUAUAUCAGUUAAAUAAACGCUAUCGUAAAAA